UUCUUCAACCAAUCUCUUUGCUCUUUUCAUCUGUUGCGUUUAACUUAGGUUUUGCCUUCUUCUUAUAUCAAUCCCUCUCUAAAUAUCAUUGAAACUUGCUCAAUCUAUUCGUUGAUUCCUUCUUCCUCAAUCUAAUCUCCUUCUGUGAUCACUCCGACGGUCUCUUGAGGGAAUGUCUCUGAUCACUUCUUGUUGAUAGGCUAGUCUUGACUUGAUGGAGGGAAAUUCUAACUGGAAGCCUAACCAACAAGGCGGAGACACGCUUGCGACUAACAAUGCUAAUGAUUGGAGAUCACAGCUUGAGCCUGAUUUGAGGAAGAAAGUUAUUGUAGCAAUAGUGGAAAAGCUGAAGACAUAUUAUCCUACACGCCACCCAAAUGAACUUAAAAAUACUGCUUUAUCAUUUGAGGUAAAGAUCUAUGGCGCGGCUACAGAUAAGGAUGAUUACAUGCGGAAAAUUAAGGGAAACAUAAUGAGUUUCGACAGAAAAUUCAGAACCUUGCAAUCUAGUAAUGUGCAGUCUGGUUCUUCAGUCAAUGGAACUAAUCCUCCUGAUCCAGCAGCUCAAGCUCUGAAUCAAGGUCAAACAGUUUCCACCUCGUUGACAUAUACACAAACUCCAACAAGCCAACAAUGGUUACCUCAAACCAACACUCAGAACCUAAACAUUCCAAUGGGUGAAGGAGUUCAUUCAAAUCUUCUUCCCGGUUCUCAAAGACAGAUUCAGGGAAGGGAACAGCAACAGCAACAGCCUCAGCAGAAGCCACAGAGUUCCAACUACUUCCAGAAUCAAAUGGAUCAACAGCUUUUGAAAGAGAACAUGCAUCAUGGAAACUCACGUCCUCUAUACAUGCAGCCACCUAUCCAGCAUCAAUUGCCUCAUCAGACAUCAUUGUCUAGUAUUCAGCAGUCCUUUCCUCAACCUCCCGUUCUUUCUAGUCCAUCAUCAGGCCAACAAAACUCUCAGUUGUUGUCAAGACAUAAUCAGUUUCCGGCACAGCGGGUCCAUUCUAGUCAUCAUCAACAGCAGAUGUCAGUGCCGUCUCAGGAACAGAAACGGCAAGAACGCGAGCAACUCAUCAGCCACCUGAUGAAUGAUCAAGACACGCAGCAGAAUCAGCUAACAUCUCUACAAAACAAUGGAGAGCAGCAACAAGCAGCUUUUAGAGUAUCUUCAUCCCAGCAGUACAACAAUAUUGCUAGCUUUCAAGAACGGCCACUUCAGAAUAAUAACAUCCAACAACGCCUUUACUCUCACAGUAACAAUGCUUCAGCCUUACCCUCACAACAGCAGCAAUAUAAUUUUCAUGGAUCAAGUUCUUUGGGUCCUCAAGGCCAAGAAGUGGGACAAUCUCAGCCAAUGAUACAACAACAAUACCAACCGCAACACCACAUGCAGCAGCAGCAGCAGCAGCCUCAAAACAGAAUCCUACAGCAACCAUUGGAUGAUACACAAAGGUUUCAAGCAUCAAGCUCUUUGCUCCAAACCCAACAGAAUCAGCCAUAUCAAUUACAGAGAACCUCUCCAGCAAAUCCAUCUACAUCUCAAGAUUCUAUAGGCAAUACGGUAAAUGCUAGUGGUGGUGGUGACUGGCAGGAGGAAACCUAUCAAAAGAUAAAAGCCCUCAAGGAGAAGUAUAUACUUGAUCUUAGUACAUUGUACCAAAGGUUAUCUAAUAAAUUGCGAGAGAUUGAUGCUCUUCCUCAACAAAAGAUCCAACAUGGCCCUAUUGAAAAAGUAAGGGCGGGCAAAGCAAUACUGAAACAAGUUCUUAUGUUCUUAAAUGUCCCUAGGAGCGGUAUAACAGAGAUUCACAGAGAUAGGUUUAGUCUGUAUGAGGAACAGUUAUUGAAGUUCGUCAAGCCUAACCAGAGGCUAUUGCAGCAUCAGCAGCAACAAGUGCAUCUCCCUCCUUCUCAGACACAUCAAACACCAUUACAAUCCCAAAGUGGCCUUACCACCUCACAAUCACAUACAGCAAUGCCUCAUUCGUUGCAGACAAGACCUAAGAUGGAACCAAAAGAGGAGACCAACAUUAUGAUCUCCUCAGGACAUGCCGUGUUAUCUUCUCUUAAACAGAAUCCUGCUAGUAAUCCCCAGCCUAGUACGUUUCAGCAGAAACAGUUUCAUCAUCAUCUUCCUAUGCAGAGGCAUCAGCAACAACCACAAACGAACCAUCAGCAGCAGCUUCAAGUGCCUAAAAAUGAGAUGAUGAGGCAAGAGGUCAACACCAAAGCUGGUUUGCUUCAGCAACAUAUCUCACCGAAUCAGCGCCACCUUGCAAAGCCAAUGGCUUCUCUGAACUACUCUUCUCCUCAUCAGUUGGCAGAGCAGCAGAUUCUUCCCACAACAUUCAACAAAACUGGAACCUCAUCACAGUCUGAUGGCUCUCCUUUUGUUGCACCUUCUUCUAUGACUUUCUUUGCUCCAUCUCCAAAUCUUGGUGAUCCUGAAAAUCCUAUAUCCGUUGAGUCACCUGCCUCACAUGAGCAUUUUACUCUUCCUCCUGAGACAAAGGCAGAGCGGCCUAUUGAUCGUCUGAUAAAAGCUUUUCAAUUAUCAUCACCGGAAUCCUUGGCACAGUCGAUUAGUGAGAUGAGCUCUGUCAUCAGUUUAACUGACAGGCUUGCUGGUUCUGUCCAGUCCAUUGGAGGAUAUAGAGCUCGUGUAGCUGAGGAUUUGAGUGGGAGGACAAGGUUGCGUAUGCAACAAGGAAAAACCAAUCCUACUAAUAAGAGAUUCAAGCGCUCAAUCACCACUCAGCCUAUAGAUAUCACAUCAGAAACUGAAAGCUACAAACAGUUCAGUAGCCUUGAAUCUGAAGUUGAUUCCACUGCAUCAUCUGGCUCCAAAGUUGUUAACAAGAUUGAGCCUGGCUUGGCCCUCUUGCAAGAGAUCACUGAAGUAAAUGGGAGACUUGUGGAGACAGUGGUAAGCGUAUGCAAUGAAGAUGUUGGUCCAUGUGAAGUUACUACAGGAACAAUAGUCACAUGUUCUUAUGCCCCUGUGGCUCUCUGUGACACAUUCCAAGCUCUUUACAAGUCAGGAGAUGUAUCACAGAUUCAGCCGUUACGCUUACUAGUUCCUGAGAAAUACCCACAUUCACCAAUACUUAUUGAAAACAUCCCCUUUGACGCCAGUGUAAACAAACCUGAGGAUUUGUCCGCUAGAACCAGAUCGAGAUUCGGUUUGUCUAUGAAGGAGUUUUCAGAACCGAUGUCUCUAACAGAAAUAGCACAAGCAUGGGAUGCUUGUGCAAGGGCGACGAUGGCUGAGUACGCUGAGCGGCAUGGUGGAGGUACUUUUAGUUCUAAGUAUGGUCAUUGGGAGCCUGUUUUGAGAGCUUGAUGCGCACUCUCUCACCAAAAGGUCUGGGAUUAUGCACAGAGAUGGAAACUUUAGGUUAUCGUAUUUGACUUGUGGUAGAAGAAACAUCAAUAUGUGUGUUUUUGUAAGUACAUCAUGUCGUCGUCAUAGACAAAAUGUAUAGACUAUUUAUGGAGAUGUUAACCUAGCGUGGAUGGUUCCAAACUCCAUGCAAUAUUCUUCUAAUAUAUUUAUAAAGUUGAGCAAAAAACGAGAGAGUUGAAUUGAGAUUAUUCAACUAUCUACUUCCAA